UUUAUGCUCUGUAUUGGGAAGGCAGAUAAAAUGCCAGGUCUGGACUGCCUCUGAGGAUAACCUCACCCUGUGUGAUGUGAAUGAAUAGCAUCUUGCCUGGUAAAGCCACAGGAAUUGAUAAGAGAAGUGCAAUUCUUCCAGACAGGCCUUUUCUCUUUUAGCUCUGGCUGUGGUUUCUGCAGCAAUUUUGUUUUUGCCUUAAAAGAAGUGCUCUGGAUUAUCAGACCUCCAUGUAUGACAAUUUGUACCUGCAUGGAAUUGAAGACUCGGAGGCUGAAGAAUAAUGUGAUGUGUUACCCAAGAUGGUGUGAACAGAGCUUCAAGCCAAUGGAGAAGACUAGGCCUAAAUAGCUGACCUGGUGAAGUGACAAAUAAAGCCACACCCGGAGUGCCACAUCCUCAGCAGCCUUUCUCAGUGCCAAUGCAUUUAUGGCUGGUUCAGCAGAUUCCUACACAAGCAGGCCAUCUGACUCUGAUGUCUCUUUGGAAGAGGACCGGGAAGCAAUUCGGCAGGAGAGAGAGCAGCAAGCAGCUAUCCAGCUUGAGAGAGCAAAGUCCAAACCCGUAGCAUUUGCUGUGAAGACGAACGUGAGCUACUGUGGCGCCCUAGAUGAAGACGUGCCCGUUCCAAGCACGGCCAUCUCCUUUGAUGCCAAGGACUUUCUGCACAUCAAAGAGAAAUACAACAAUGACUGGUGGAUAGGAAGGCUUGUGAAAGAGGGCUGUGAGAUUGGUUUCAUCCCAAGUCCACUCAGAUUGGAGAAUAUAAGGAUUCAGCAGGAACAGAAAAGAGGACGUUUUCAUGGAGGGAAAUCGAGUGGAAAUUCUUCUUCAAGUCUUGGAGAAAUGGUAUCAGGGACAUUUCGAGCAACCCCCACAUCAGCAGCAAAACAGAAGCAAAAAGUGACGGAGCACAUUCCUCCUUAUGAUGUUGUGCCAUCAAUGCGUCCAGUGGUAUUAGUGGGCCCGUCACUCAAAGGUUAUGAGGUAACAGACAUGAUGCAGAAAGCCCUCUUUGAUUUCCUGAAGCACAGGUUUGAUGGGAGGAUAUCAAUAACGAGAGUGACAGCUGACAUUUCUCUUGCUAAGAGGUCUGUCCUAAAUAAUCCCAGCAAGAGAGCAAUAAUUGAACGUUCGAACACCCGGUCCAGCUUAGCGGAAGUACAAAGUGAAAUUGAAAGAAUCUUUGAGUUGGCAAGAUCUUUGCAACUAGUUGUUCUUGAUGCAGACACCAUCAAUCACCCAGCACAACUUAUAAAAACUUCCUUAGCACCAAUUAUUGUUCAUGUAAAAGUCUCAUCUCCAAAGGUUUUACAGCGGUUGAUUAAAUCUAGAGGAAAGUCCCAAAGUAAACACUUGAAUGUACAAUUGGUGGCAGCUGAUAAACUCGCACAAUGCCCUCCUGAAAUGUUUGAUGUUAUACUGGACGAGAAUCAGCUCGAGGAUGCGUGUGAACAUCUGGGAGAGUACCUUGAGGCAUACUGGCGUGCCACGCACACCACCAGCAGCACCCCCAUGACCCCGCUGCUAGGGAGGAACUUGGGCUCCACUGCACUCUCACCAUAUCCCACUGCAAUUUCUGGGUUACAGAGUCAGCGAAUGAGGCACAGCAACCACUCCACAGAGAACUCUCCAAUUGAAAGACGAAGUCUCAUGACCUCUGAUGAGAAUUACCACAAUGAGAGGGCUCGGAAGAGUAGGAACCGCUUGUCCUCAAGUUCCCAGCAUAGCCGAGAUCAUUACCCUCUUGUGGAAGAAGAUUACCCUGACUCAUACCAGGACACUUACAAACCCCACAGGAACAGAGGCUCGCCUGGGGGAUGCAGCCAUGACUCCCGACACAGGCUUUGAGGCUGCCAAAACAAAAAACAAAAAAUAUUCAUCUGUUGGCUGUUUGCCAUAGCACUGCUAGGAUAAACCAGUCCUUUUAACUUGGCAGAAGCACAGCACAGUAUUUACUGUGUUUAUGGGCUGCUGUCAUUUGAUGCUAAGUAGGGCAAAAAAAAAAAAAAAAGAAGUACAUUAUGCCCUUGAAUCUAGAUGGAUAUUAGAUGCCCAAUCAUAGAGAUAUUUUUAAGUGCAACAUUUACAUGAUAACAGUACCUUUUGUUUUCUUCAUAGAUCUAGACACAUCAAUUUGUAAUCUAGGGUACUUAUCAAGGCACAUAUAAAAUAAUUUCCCAUGCUGGAAAUUCCAAAUGACCAGUUCCAGUUGGAACCAAUUUAUAAACCAAUUCCUGUUGGAAUUUGGGUGAAUUGACUAGAAAGUCUACUUGAGCAUGUUGGAAUCCAUUGAAAAAUUGGAAAACAACACAAUUAAUAAGAAAAUUAAAAUACAACUAGAAGCCAAAACCAGGUAUGGUAUUUAUUUGCUGGAAGCUAAAUUUACACUUAAAGUUAGAUGUAUAAACAUUUUAAUAUAUGUAAGUGUUGCCAGAAUGGCUUUUCAAACUUACCAAAUGUAUUGAUAGUGCCAAAAAAAAAUCUCAGAUUUUAAUGUAGAAAUUAUAUAGUCUCCUCGGAUUUUAAUAUUUUUAUUUCUUUCCUGGCACAGCUGUUGUAUUCAAAAUGUUUUGCUUUCUGUUCAGUCACUACUGUUAGCAUGUUUGAAGUUGUAAAAAAAGAAAAGGAAAGUAGAAAAAAAUUUUCAAAAACUUUCAGUUGUAAGAGAGAAUAGUAAUGAGAAGGCCAAGAAAAGCUGGUUAUAAGAAAUGGAAAAUAAGAUGUGUGUUUCUUCUUUAAUCAAUAUGAGCACAACUGCACACAUCCAGGGAUGUGAAGUCAGAUAGCAAGGAUGUUGUACAGAUCCUCUGAGUGCACAGCUAAACCUCUCUCUUCUAUCCACUAAACACACGGAGUCAGUAUUUCCUGCCAGCACAGCUGAGUAUCUUUCCAUUGCUUCACUCUCUGUCUUUGAAUAUCUGAACAUUUCUAGACUAUCAAUAAUUUUUUUAAAAUUAUGCUAAGAAUUUUUAUUUUCCAUGGACACAUUCAAAUUAGGUGUUAAAAGUUGUUUUUUACAAAAUGACUAACGGGAAAAGUUCAAACAAAUGAUGAAUUUAAAAGCUUGCAGUAAAAAAAAAAAAAAUAAAGUCCUAGAUUCAGAAGAUAUUUGUUCACUAAAAUUACAGCAUUCUUAAUGAAAAAUUAUGAAGAUUUUGGAGAUGGAGCUGACUUAUAUCUCUAUGGACACUGCUCAUCACUUACCAAUAGUUCAGUUUUUCCAAUGACUAUAAUUAUGAAUUGAUGGCCUCUGUCUUAUAUUAUCAGGGACGCCUUAGAUUCACUAUAAUCCAAGAAAUUAUUCAAAUGACCCUUUUAUAAAAUAUAAAAUGUAUUUAUGAAAGAUCUUUGUUUCUAAAAUUCCACAAUGCAUGCAUUUUCUAAAACCCUAGUAGGACCAGGCAUAAAAGUCUUUUUCUGCAUCUCAUGAAGCCAAUUUUUGAAAACGAGAACAAUUAAUUUUCAGGCUGAGGUGUAGCUCAGUUGUAGAGUGCUUUUUAAGCAUAUUUGUAGGCCCUGGGUUCCAUCCCCACCAAAAAACCCUUGAUUAAUUAAUUUCAUACUAUCUUCUUUUUCCCCAAGUUUUUUAAUAUCUAAGUUCUUGAAGAAUGCACUAGUUCAAUUAUUUUCCUGAUCAAGAAAAUAAAUUUCAAUUAUUGAUUACUUAUACAUAUCUUGGACCUUCAUCACAUGCCUCCCCUCAUGUUGACUGUAUGUACCCCCUUAUGAAUCUUUAGCUGAAAAUGAGAAUACCUAUAAUUCUAUAAGUCAUCUCAAACAUUUGAUACAAUUAAACAUGGGCUCAGUAAAUUUUAAAAGUUAAUAUGUGAUACUGGCUUGUGAAGUUCUUUUGUCAUCUAGUGAAGUUUGCAGAACUUUCAGUUAAAACAUUUAAAAGAGCUGUAUCUAUUAGGCUGUUUAAUAAACACAUAACCUGCCAUUCCUGAAUACUUUGAUAGAACAUGAAGAGCUUUUUCCAGCAAACAAAAAUAAACUUAUUACAUGUACAGCACAUAUUUGCAUGAGAAAAAAGCAUUAGCCAAAACAUGUUUCUAUAUGCUUUACUGGUUUCUUGUUUGUGCGCAUUAAAGUAUUUAAUUGCAGAGUGCACCAAGGUGUAUAAAUUUAGACUAGACAGCUGUUCAGCUUUUUCUGUAGUAGCAUUAGCAAUUUGGUCAUUUAACUACUUUAAGAUAUUUACAUUUUAUGGCAGGUAGCUGAAACAGCAUUUACAUUUAUUAAAAAGAUUACCAUUUUCUUAACUUUUAAAAAGCCACUUGGUUUUAAAGGUCUCUCAAAACUUUGUUUCUAGUCUUCCAUGUCAUGAUGAUAAAGAGGGAGCCCCAUUCGGUAUCUGUGCACAAACCAAUCCAUCAUUUAUCAUCAAAUGUCCAUACUUCAUUUUGCUUUGCAUUUUUAUCCAAAGUCUAACAAUCUUAGAAAGGGUAUAAUGUAUAUUUUCUUGAUGGAUAUAUUUAAAAUAUCACUUUAAUUUGGCAUAUUCUUUCACCUUCUGUGAUAAGUUUAUCUUCUCCAAAUAAAUAAGAUAUGCAUCUUCCUUUUUUUAAAGCCUUAGAAUUUAUUGUAUAAAUGAUACUAAAAUCCAGAUAUAUACUAAAUAAAAAGUUUUAUUUUUGUCAAGCACAUCAAGCACCUUUGGAAAAUACAUACUUCACAAAUAUUUUGUUUUUUAUUAAUUUCAUUUAAAAUUAAAAUUGCUAUAAACAAGAAAAAAGAGUCUUAUAAUAUUUUGAGGCUGUUUGAAUUGGUAGUAUAAACCACAUAUUAGAAUUCUAUAAUUUCAUUCAGUAGACUUGUCACGAUGUAAACUUAUAUGACAAUGUGGAAAUGUAGUCCUGGAAAAAAAAAAGAAAUGUAAUUUGUCUGUUCUGAUGUUAAUUCUCAAGGCUAUAAUAUGACUCCAAUAUUAUAAUCAACAAUGUUAUCUUGUUUACUCCAGUAUUUAAAGCAACACUUAGAAAUGUUUAUAAAUGACUGAUGAGUCUCUCUUAUCUUUAUAUAGUUCUAUUGGAAAGAAGAUCAAAAUUAACAAUUUAGACUAAUGGUCAGUCCUAAUAAGAGAGUCUUAAUUUUGUGACUAUACAAGUCAUUGCAUUUUGUCCUUAAUGAAAUGAAUUUUUAAAUGUGAAACAAAUCCUGAGUAAAGUUCCCUUUAAGUAAUUUGCUAUUUACUCAAAUAAUUAUUGUAGUUGUUGUUUGCAAAAUGUAUUUUUGGAAUGUUAACCUCUUUUCAUACCUGCAUACUUGAACUUGUCUUUUGUGUGAGGGCCUUAAAAUUUCUCAUAGAAAGUGGGGCAGUAAAAGGGAGUGAGGGAAGGAAAUCAUGGUAAAAGAUGAUUUACAAAUGUAAAGUCUUUAAAUGAACAUAUCACAAAAUAUUGUUGAGACCCAGGAUGUAAGUGAAGAAUGUUUCUAGGCAACCUUAAUUUGCAUGCUAACAUAUUUCUUAGUUGUACAGUUUCACUUUGGUAUUUGUUAAAAAAACAAACCAACAUAAUAUCACUAUAGAAAUUGCCCUACAUGGAUAUUUAUACUACCUCUUCUCUAGAGAAGACAGUCUGUCUUUAAAGGGAAAAAUAAUUGUCAAGAACUAGUGAUCAAAUUUCUUACUACUACUGCUAACUUUGCUGCAAAACUAAAUGCAUAGCGUGUUGAAAUAGCUUUCCCUUUAGAUUUUAACCUGUUUGCCAAAAUGCACUUGUCACCCUUUCAUUUCUUCUAUGUGAGUCAAGUUUUCUUUGAAUUGGUUCAUAUUUAUCAUGAGGCAUGGUUAAUUUAACAAGUAAGUCGUCAUAGGGAACAAAACAAACUGAAAAGGAGUUUACCUUUUAUAAUGUCUAGCUCGAAGUCUAUAAGAGAAUAGGUCCAGAGACUUGUUUAAUACAGUUGGUUUGCAAAUUCAGAUUUUGUUAAUCCUUAACUUCUGUGGACACCAAGAGCACAGCUGAGACACUUCCUGGUUAAGGAUGUGUGUUAGCUUGGACUCCCAUGUAACUGGAACAAACUUCAUAUCGAUAUUUUUAAUAAAUACUUAUGUAACUGUUAUUCCUUUUAUAUCUCUGCCUUUGUCUUUCAUGACAAUGUUGCAUGUUGUUGUUUUUUUAAUUAUGUAGAACUCAUCUGUGAAUGAAUGAAAACUUUAUAGGAAAUUAUGUGAUGAAUCUGUUUCAUGAGUUCCCUAUAUCUUUUAAUACUGUCAGUACUGUAACCAAGUUACUUAUUUGAGCUGUGUCUAUGCUGCAGAAAACAGUCCUCCUGGGGCAGGGGACAUAGCUCCGUGGCACAGUGCCUGCCUGGCAAGCGCGAGGACCUGAGUUCGAUCCCUGGUACCAAAAAAGAAAAAGAAAGAAAGAAAACAGUCCUCCUUUUUAAAAUUAUGAUCAUGAUCAAAUCAGUCAAUACAGGAGCUAUUAAACAAUAAGAAUGACUUUUUUCUUGUUGAGUUAAGCAAUCAAGGUAGUCAAAACAGUAAAAUUGGUUUAUAUGGACAGAGAGCUUCAGCAUUCAAAAGUUAUUUUUUAAAGGUUUCUUCGUUAAUUAAAUGGGUCCUUCGCCAAUGAAAUACGUCCUCUGUUAGCAACCAUCUCUGUCUAGUUGUGGAUGAUUUAAUCCCAAAUGCUGCAUGUGAUUGAGGUAUAUUAUGAGAAGAUUAGAAAGUAUCUCACCAGAUAAUCUUUAUUAAGGGCUGUAACUUCCACUUGCCAUGAAAAACAUAUAAAUAAGAAUGAAUAGCACUGACUUUUGGGGAAGUCAGUUUCAUGUGAAACUUUUGUUUCUUUUGAUGGAUGAAAAGAAUGCAGAAAGAUGGUAGAAAAUGUUAUGAACGAAUUUAAAGUGGUGUGAGGAAGGCAGUGAUACUUCCUCAUUUGAAAAUUAUAAGGAGUUAAAAAGCAAACUAAAAGAGAACUUUCAGAACUGAAAGUGGCUGGCCUCUAUCUUUUCAAUGUUGGUUAUGUGUCAAACACUUAAAUUUCUCAACAAAUGACUGUGUCUCAUAUGUGUAGGGGCUUCUCUUGCCCUGCUUGCAUGCCACUUUCACACACUUUUAAUUGAAAUCAGUGUGGAUUCUGUAUGCAUAAGAGAUGUAUUAAAGAUGUGAGAUUCUUAAUGCUAUAUUGUUGCAUACUAUUUUUCAUAUGCCUUAUGAUAUUUUUUGGGACGUUAUUAAAAUGAAAGCAUUUUAUUGCCAAAAUAAAUCUAUGUUGUUACUUCUGCAUUAGCAGUAGAAAAAUAAAUAAUGUAGCAAAAAUAUAUAUUGUACAGUACAAAAUUAUAAAAUAUAUAUAUUUUGCCAAUAAUAUGAAUAGAUUGAGGAGAAAGAAGCACAUUUGUUAUAGCACAAACUUACAACAAAACCCACUGUUAAAUUUGGCAGUCCUGUUUUUUAAAGUAUAUAGAUUUUGUUCUAUGUUUUAUCAGAUUUAUGUCAUCUACCAUCUUUUUAACUUGCUGCUUGAUAUUUUUCCAGCAAUUUAUUUCAUAGCCUUGAAUCUGUGGAUGUAAUUCCUCUUAUUUUGCUCCUGUCCAUAAAACUUAUUAAAUUUUAUUUUGUGAUAAG